UACUCUAGUCAGUGACUGUCUCUCCUCACCCGUCAUUCAAGUCUCUCAAUAGCUCACUCAGGCGUUUAACACAACUCGUCUGAGCAGGAUAACAUCAGAUAAAGCACAGGGAAUAAGGGAAGAGCUGUUAGACGUCGGACCAUGCGUGAGGGAUUUUGGAAACUUCUUUGUAUUUUCAUGUUUUCCUUUCGAGCUUUUAAAGCUUCCGCAGCUAUUUAUCAGGUUCCAGUGAGACUGCAGCGCACAGUGUCGGAACACAACACUGGAGCAAACACACUCAACAGGAACUGGUGCCAGUACACAGUACAGAAGACCGUUUCAUGCCAGACGCAAAAUGGGACAGAGACUGUUGUGCAGCGGCUGUUUCAGAGUUGCCGAUGGCCUGGACCAUGUCCAAACCUCAUCAGCUACAGAACUCUGGUGAGACCCAUGUACAGAGUGACCUACAGGAAAAUCACUUCUCUGGAAUGGCGAUGCUGUCCAGGAUUCCAUGGAGAAGACUGCAGAGAGGGACCAAGAGGACAACCAGGACCUGCUGGGCUGCCAGGUCCCCCUGGACCUCCUGGACCUUUAGGAAAGAUAGGGUUUUCUGGAAAACCUGGUCCUGUAGGAACUAGAGGACCUCAAGGGUUGCAAGGACCACAAGGUGAAAGAGGCCUUCCUGGGCCACCUGGGCCCACAGGGCACUUCUCCAUCAGGGGAGAUGUUUUCACUCUAACGGCUAAACAACAUGCCCAGUAUGAAGAUAGUGACUUUGCUGCCUAUCGUGACCUGCAGGCUUUUCUUGGUCCUCCUGGACCCUUUGGCCCUCCUGGUCCACCAGGGCCUGCUGGACCACCUGGACACCCAGGUGUUCCAGGGAAAAUUGCUGCCUUAAGCUUUGCAGGCACACCAGGUGACAGGGGACCCAAAGGAGAUCCAGGAGAAAGAGGUCCACCUGGAAUAACAGGAAAGCAAGGACAGCCUGGUGUUCCGGGUCCUAAAGGAGAACCGGGAGAGACUCCAGGAGAUGUGCAGCAGUUGAGGGAAGCUCUGAAGAUUCUGGCCGAGAGGGUUCUCAUUCUAGAGCACAUGCUCGGCAUUCAUGAUACUCUGUUGGACUCCGGUUCUGGAAUAGAUCUCCUGGCGGACUUCAUGCUAACAGGCAGUGCUAAAAAUGUUGCAGCUGCCAGACCCUCCUCUCCUCUUACCUCAGACAGAGAGUAGCCGGACUCUGUUGGGUAUGAAGAGUAAAUAACAAACACUUGUGUCCACAAGGCCUUUAUCUCGUGUCUGUUGCUUUGAAGGACAGAUCCCUAUUUGUUUAUGAGCAUGAUAAGAGUGGCACUGAUCUUUUCUAUUUUAUUUACUUGAGUGUUUUGUUUAAUUGUAAUAUUCUUCUUGUUUUACAUUUUGAUAUCACUAUAUUUACCUGUCGAAAAUGUGUUUUCUUUGCCAUUCAUGACCCGUUUUACUUGCAUUUACUUAAGGGCAGGCCUUUAUUUUAGUCAUUAGGAAAUGAUUGGAUGGUGAAAUGUGGGAACUACUUCCCAGAAUGGAGUCGGACCGAAUGUGAGUUUGCUAAAAUGAUGGCUAGUUAGCUAUUGGUUAGAAGUAUUCAAUAGCCUGUGUGGCAUAAGUGAUGUCAGCAGAAACAAAAAGUUGUUUCGGAGUAAGAGCAAGUUAUGAAAAUCUGAUUUUCAUGUCAACUUGAAGUGUCUAUGUACUGUAGUUCAUUUCUUUUAUUAUAGUAAAAGUGAGGAUGUUGGACGGGCAGGUUAUCUGGCUUAAUUAAUCAACAAAGAUGAUACUUGAUUAUACAAAAAAAAUGUUCAUGACACUAUUCACUUCUAAUUCUAAAACUAAUGUUUUAAUACCACAGUAAUUCAAGCUGAAAAUAAAUGUUUUGUCACAGACUUUACAGAAAACAAAAAAGGCCUAGUUCUUGUCAUUUCCUUUUUGUUUUCUGAUUGAUGACCUAUAAUGACCUUCAUGCACAUAAUUAUAUAUAGCAGUGGCUUUGAAUUAAAACAUUCCUAUCUCAAUACUCACAGCAAACAAAAAAUAGACUAGAACAGAACCUUAAAACCAAAUUCGGCCUUUUGUGUGCAUAGAAAGUGCAACGUCUAGCACAAUAAAUUGUGUUUACACCUCUGCUCACCUGUUCUUAUUCAUAGAGCCUAUCAUUGACUCGCUGAAAACCCAAAAUGGCAGAACACACCAAGGGCUGCUAUUAAUAGGGCUGCAGUGAAUAGCUGGAGAGACAAAAGGCCCUGUUGACCUUGUUCGCAGAGCACCGUUCAACACGCCAGUGUGGCUUUAAGCUUAUUGUUGCGCUUGAGCUUUUGUAAUCCCCUCGGGAGGGAACGAAAUCUUUCCGAAUCUUGGGCUUUUUCUUCUUGUUGUGUUAAGAAAGAAGAAGUGUUUAAAGGUUUCCCACGGUAAUGUUUUUACGGUAUUGAGAUCGAAAUAUUUUGCUUUGACUUUUUGAAAUUAAAUUUUAUGGGAAAAA